UUUCGUUUCGAGCUUUGUCGCGGGCGGUUGUAUCGCACGGAAUUUUGUUGUCUCUUCAAAAGUUAUUUGAUUGAAGCCAUGAUGUCUGCCUGGUUUGGACUCCUCCUGCUAUGGCUGGUCGGAGCGCUGGCCAAUGAUAAUCUCCGCGUGGCCUACGAAUGGCGGGAAAUGGACUUCAAGUACGAAACCGCGGACCAGCGUUGGGCGGCCAUCGAAAAGGGCGACUUUAAGCCCGCCAAUGUAAUACCCUUUGGCCUGGAGGUCUACAAGCAUCGACUCUUCGUGACCCUGCCCAGAUGGCGGGCCGGAGUGCCGGCCUCGUUGGCCUACCUUGAUCUUAAUGACACCUCGACUAAAAUGCCUGCCCUAAAGCCCUACCCCAGCUGGGAGGCCCACAAUCUGGCUGAAGCGGAACCAGAGCUGGUUUCCCCAUUCCGUGUGAGGGCUGAUCGCUGUGGCCGCCUGUGGGUAUUGGAUUUACGCAUCUCUGGUGUGCUGGAGAAGACCAAGAUGUAUGGAGCGCCGCAGCUGCUGGUCUACGAUCUGCACAACGAUGAUCUGCUGCGUCGCCAUACGCUGCCCGCCGGACAAUUCAAGCAGGGAUCCUUUCUGGCAAAUCUGGCCAUAGAGGAUGGGGACUGUGAGAAUACCUUUGCGUACGCUGGGGAUCUGGGCAGUCCCGGCUUGGUUGUCUACUCGUGGAAAGACCAGGAGUCGUGGCGCGUGCAGCAUCACUACUUCCAUCCCGAUCCCAUGGCCGGCAACUUUAGCGUCAGCGGCAUCGAGUUUCAGUGGGAUGAUGGACUCUAUGGCUUGGCCUUGUCCAAACCUCUGGAAACGGGCUUCUCCACGCUCUACUUCCAUCCGCUGUGCUCCACAAUGGAGUUCUCGGUGAGCACUUCUGUGCUGCGCAACAAAACCCUGGCCACCUCGCCGGAUAUCUAUAGGGACUUUAAGGUUCUCGGCUCUCGUGGACCCAACACCCAGGCGGGUGCCGAGUUCCUCGAUCAGGAGACUGGUGUGCUCUUCUAUGCUCUGCCAAACUUGAAUGAAGUGGCCUGCUGGCGCACCUCUCAGAACUUUAGCCACAGUGCCCAGAGCCGCAUCUUCAGGAACAACGACAGCAUGAUCUUUCCCAGCGAUGUGAAGGUGGAUCAGGAGAAGCGUCUAUGGGUCCUGUCCAAUCAGCUGCCAGUGUUCAUCUACGACGAGCUGUAUGCCGGAUCCAUCAACUUCCGCAUUCACACAGCCAGCGUGAAGGAGGCCAUCGAGAACACAGCCUGCGAGAGUAGAACUUCCCCGCUGCCGGAUAUCAUUAACAAGUUGGGCGAUAUCCUCAACACAAAUGUCAUUCUGAAGUCCACUUCGGCUGCUUCCCCGAUGUCUGUCAGUGCUCUGCUGAUGGCCACUCUCGGUCUGCUAAUGAGCUUCAGACUCUUUUAGAUCCUAACUACAGGAGAAUCCUCCUGUCCUCUGUGUGUAUUAUAAAUAGUUUUUAGCUUUUAAUGUUGAUUAAAUGUAAGAAAUUUA